UGCUGGGUGAGCGUUGUUGGAAAAGAAUUUGAUCUGAUCGAAGUUGAAAGAUGUCUGAAAGGUACAUUCCUCAUAAAGUUCCUGAAGUUAUCCUUAAAAAGAAAAAGAAAAAUGAGAUAAGCAAGGCCAAAUCUGUUGCCAAUGAAAUCAAGAAUAAAACAAAAAAGGAAUCCAUCUUAAAAAGAAUAAGAUUCAAGAGAGCUGAAAAGUUUGUUAAGGAAUACAGAUCUCGAGAGAAUUUUGACAUUCAAAUCCAGAGACGAGCCAGACGAGCCAACUUGUACAAAAUUCCAGUUGACCCAACUUUAAUUUUCGUUGUCAGGAUCAAAACACCACUUGAUUUGCAUUUGAGGGCCAGGAAAGUCUUGAACCUGUUGCGGUUGAUAACUCCAAAUACAGGCGUCUUCUUAAAGCUCAACACAACAACAUUGAAGUUAUUGAGACUCAUUGAACCUUACAUCACUUGGGGAACUCCUAAUUUAAAGUCAAUUAGAGAAUUGAUAUAUAAACGAGGUCAUGCAAAGACCAAAAAUGGAUUCAAAUCUCUAAAUGACAAUAGAUUAAUCGAAGAUCAUUUAGGUCAGUAUGACAUCAUCUGUAUCGAGGACAUUAUCCACGAAAUUGUCACACUCGGACCUCACUUCAAAGAAGUAAAUGCCCUAAUUUGGCAUAUAAAAAUGAACCUUCCCACUGAAAGCUGGAAAAAUUCUGGUCUGCCAUUUAACAAAGAGGGUCAAUAUGGCGACCGAAAGGAUAAAAUUAAUUCACUACUUGCUCAAAUGGUGUAAUUUUGGCUGUAAUUUUAAUAAACAUUGUCUUGUUACUUUUGUAAAUAUUUAACAUUUAGUAAUGAUUUUAUUAAAAAUCAACAAAAACAAAAUAUGUAUUGGAUUGGUGGUUUGUUAAAUUUUAUGUUUGGCAUGUUAUCAGAGCUGUCACAGCUUGUGGCAUAUAUGUGAACGUUAAAUCACAUUUUGUUGGUGACUGAACUU